CACGACCAUUCCUUUCCGUCUUCUCAUCACCGACCCACAGACAACCACUUCACAUUCACUCGCUUGAAAUUCAUCUUGUAGUUUUGAAAGAAACACGAGACUCACCUUCGCUUGACCAUCACUCAUCACACUUGAUCACCGCCCGAAGCCUACGUCAGCUCCGCCCGGAAGACCCGUCGGCGUUCGUAAUUUUGAGCUUGCGGCCAAUCGUGAUCUUCCUGACUAGAGUCUGUUGAAGACCAGAAUUGCUUGGCAUAUGACACCCCAACAACCCUACCAGGCCUUCCCAGCAUCCAUCAUGCUCGGACUGUUCCUUGGAUUCGCCCAGAUUGGAGCAGAAGAACUUCCUGCCGGUAUUGUUCCCAAUAAGAGACAGGUCGUCGGAACAGGAGUCACUUCCAGCGCCGCCGAAACAACAUCAUCAGAAUCAGAAAUGUCGAGCUCAACGAGCAGCGCCCCGCCGGAGGAGACGACGAGCUCCGCUCCAGCAGAGACGACUCCCACGACGCAGCCCGAGACCACGCCGACAGCAGAAACGACGCCGACGACAGAGGCAGCGCCCUCAACAACGAAUGUGCCGACUUCGAUCGAUGUCACCACCACGAACGCCGAUGGCUCGACCGUGACUUCGCGAAUCGCAACAUCGACCGCGGUGGUACCAACCACAGCAUCGAGCGAAGUUGUCGACUUGGGCAGCACGACGAUUAAUCGCUCAACCCUCUCCAGCGCCACCGUAGUCACCGCACCACUCGUAACAUCUCGAACCGAACUUUCGACCUACACAUCCGUCUUCACAUCAGAUGGCUCAGCUUUUACUACCACUGGCACAACUCAGCGUGUAAUUGCGAGCACCACCGGCUUUGCGACGUCCACAAUCGCACCUUCAAUUCAAGACGGCGGUUCCGGUGGCGGAGGUGGCGGAUUAUCGUCCAGCUCGCAAAAGAUCAUUGGAGGAGUCGUCGGUGGUAUUGGAGGAGCGAUACUGGUUGGCGGCGUUGCGCUUGUGGCCUGGAGAAUCUGGGGCAAAAAGAAAGCACAGAAAGAAGCCGCAAUGGAUCCAUUUUAUGGCGGCGGCGUCGAUUCCCAGAAUGACAGUGUGAGGAAGAGUUCGCCACAGCUUGCCAGUGGGACGGGGUUGGAGAGAUAUCAGCAGCCGCACAACAACCCGGGUGUUGUGAACCCUGGGAGUGUGAACACGGCGAGCAAUUUCUAGGAAUGAAGUCCUGAUCGGUCCGCGAGAAAGAGACGACAGAUCCAUCCUUGGAUUUUCUGAUUUUGUUUUGCUGCAAUUUGAGCGUAAUGAUGGGAGAACGGAAUUGACAUCAUCGGAAGGCUGCAUGGACAGGCGAGCUGCUUGGAAAUAGAUCGGAUGGGAACAUAUUGAUGAGACGAGAUUGCAUUUUGAGAGGUGUCGAUAGAUCGAAACGGCUGCGACACAGUAGAAGGAGAAAAGUUGAAACGACGAUGAAGAAGGGGAGGGAUCCCUCACAUUCUCUUGUGAAUAUUUCCGGACGUAGAGGAACUGGUAAUCAGUAGAAGAAUAUUGAGAUGAUUGUAAUGAGCUGGUCUUGAGGUCAUUCUUUGUCGUUUCGAGGUUCAAGGAAGGCGGGUGCGCAGGUGUGGGCACUUCUUGGUGUCGCUGAUGUUUUGACAGGUGCCUGGCCCUUGG